GGAAAGAAAGAGAAGGGGAGAAGCAGACCAAGAUUGAUGCUCUGGCAAGUCAGCACUGUGCUACUCUCACUCACUCACUCACUCACUCACUCACUCACUCACUCACUCACUCACUCACUCACUCACUCACUCACUCACUCACUCACUCACUCACUCUCUCACUCACACACACUCACACAGUCUUUGCAUUAGGCAAACACUCACAUCACACUCCCAAGCUGUUUAACAGGCAGGGAAAACACUGAGUCGGACCAAUCUGCAGCCCGUUACUGCAGGACAGGACAGGACCGCACCGAGGACAGCAGAACGUGAAGAAGAAGAAGAAGAAGAAGAAGAGAGGCGUCUGAAAGCUUCCCCCCGCUUCGCCUCGCAGCAACAGUUCCACCGUUGUCGUCCUGGGAGGUCCAGCGCUCCAGGGAGCUCUUUAAAGACACCUCUCCUAAACAGGGGAGAGGCAGCAAGGACAGGAGCAAGGGCAAGCGUAGCCUCACGCGCAGGUUGCUGUGAAUGUCCUCUCGGCAUCCCCAUGAACACAGGCAGGGGUGGAGGCGCGGUCUGGGAUGCAGGAUGGCACGGCAGGCGGAGGGCGAAGCCUCGAGGAGCAGGACCGCGUCCCUCAGCCUGGUCGCAGGGUUCUACCACUACCUGCGUGAUGAGCAGGAGGCUGUGCAGAAACGGACGUUCACGAAAUGGAUCAAUUCCCACUUGGCAAAGCACGUCCCGCCUCUGGUGGUGACGGACCUGUUUGAGGACAUCAAGGAUGGCGUGAAGCUGCUGGCUCUGCUUGAAGUCCUGUCUGGACUGAAGCUGCCAUGUGAGCAGGGCAAGAAGCUAAAGAGAAUCCACUGGGUUGCCAACAUCGGUACCGCCCUCAAAUUCCUGGAGGGCAGGAAGUCGGCCUACAGAGGAUCUCCGAUUAAGCUCGUGAACAUCAACGCCACAGACAUUGUUGACGGACGACCAUCGAUUGUAUUAGGUUUGAUGUGGACCAUCAUUCUCUAUUUCCAGAUUGAGGAGCUCACUAGUAGCCUGCCAGCACUCCAGACUUUGUCCAGCAGCACGUCCUCACUGGACAGCUCCACCAGCAGCACUGAGACCACCAGCCCACCUGUCAAAAGGAAACCCCUCCCCCCUCUGCAGGGCGGGGCCAGAAAGGCAUUACUGAGAUGGGUCCAGCAGACGGCCGCCAAGCAUCAGACGCUCGAGGUGAAGGACUUUGGGCCCAGUUGGCGCAGCGGUUUAGCAUUCUUCGCGCUCAUCCACGCCCUGCAGCCCAGUCUUGUUGAUGUGGAUCAUGUCCCAGACAGGCCGAACCGAGAGAAUCUGCAGCAAGCGUUUUUACUGGCUGAGACGGAGUUAGGCAUCCCACAGCUUCUUGACCCUGAGGAUGUCGAUGUAGACAAGCCAGAUGAGAAAUCUAUCAUGACCUACGUGACUCAGUUCCUGAAGCAUCGUCCCGACCAAAGGCCGAGUGACACCGAUGGACAUCCGGAGGAGGAGCGUGGCCUUGCUCCUCGCGAUAUAGAGGACAUGCUGGAGAGAGAGCAGCGAAAGAGCCUCCGGGAGCUCAAAAUGUGGCUCGACCACCUGGAGAGGGACGCGGCGCAGGCUCAGGAGACCCAAGUCAGUCUUGCUCAACAGUACCAGCUGUUCAAGAGUCUGCAUGUCCAGUUGGAGAUGAAGAGGAAGCAGGUGGAGGGAGCUUUGCAGUCCACCCAGAAGGAGGGGAUGCUGACUGUGGAUCAGGCCCUGGUCAAACAGGCCUGGGAGAGGGUUUCCAACAGGCUCCUGGACUGGCAUCUGCAGCUGGACAGGUCUCUCCCAGCGCCCCUAGACGAGGUGGGGGCAUGGCUGCAUGAGGCUGAAGGGACCUUGCGACAAGAAAUCCCUGUGCAGCAGGGACACGAAGUGACAGCUAACACUGUCCACAGAGCUCUGGAGCAGCACAAGGAGGUGCUAAAGAGCCUGGAGAGUCACCAGCAGGUGUUUCAGAGGAUCCAUAAGGACAGAAGUGUUGAUGGUGUCCCUGUUCCCUUAGACCAACUCCAAGACAUGGCAGAGAGGAUCAACUGUGUCUCUACAUCUUCUAGCAUCCACUUGGCCAAGAUGGAAUACUUGGAGAAUAAACACCACAUGCAGGCCUUCCUCACCUUGGCUGAGGCCAAGCUCAAAUCCUGGAUCAUCAAAUAUGGCCGACAAGAGUCAGUGGAAGUGAUGCUCCACAAUUAUACUUCAUUCGUGGAAAAUCACAAUUUCUUUCAAAACUACGAAGCACUGUUCCAGUCUCUGAAGCAGUCUGCUGAUGCCUAUGUCAGCGCUGACAGCUCAGUGGACGAAGGCGAGGCGGGAGUGCGCAGGUUCAUGCGGGAGGUCGUAACCCAGUGGAGGAGUCUGUCCAUGGAGGUGCGAAGCGUGAGGAGCAUGCUGGAGGAGGUGCUGUCCAACUGGGAGCGGUACAGCUCCACCGUGGCCUCUCUGCAGGCCUGGCUGGAGGAUGCAGAGGAGGCUCUGAUCCAGCCGGAAAGCGCUAAACGGGAGUUUUUCAGAAAUCUGAGCCACUGGAUGGAGCAGCAUGCAGCUAUGAACGAUGCGGGGAAUUUUCUAAUUGAAACAUGCAACGAGAGUGUGUCACUUGAUCUCAAGCAGCAGCUCCUUCUGUUGAACGGGCGAUGGAGAGACCUUUUCCUCAAAGUCCAACAAUAUGCCCAUGCUGAUGAAUUGGAGAAGUGGAGGAAGGACCAUCGAAAGGCUGUGUCAGCCCUGAAAGAGCUUCUGGACACAGCUGAGGCCAAGCUUAAUAGUCCUGUUCAAGUGUCUUUCCUCAGCGUUAGCACUUUUCUGCAUGACGUGGAGAAUACCAAGCAAAAGGUUGUUGCCAUGGAGACACAAUACAAGUUGGCUGCCCGCAGCGCUCAGCUCCUUGCCAAGGAUGCGCCCCAGGAUGAGGCUGCCAGGGUCAUGGCAUCUAUGGCAACAGCCAAAAGUCAGCUGAGUAAGGUCAGAGAGCGGUGUCCUCCUCUAGUGAGGGAGUGUCAUGUCCUUCUGCCUCUGUUGGAGGAGAUGGAGAAACACAUCACUACCUUUUACCAAGCGCUGGAGCGAGCCGGUCGCAUCACGGCUGCAGCAAGAGAGCCAGACCCACAAGCCCAGUCCCCACACAGACACAAGUGGCAGGAAUUGUUAAACCAGCAGCAAACCUGUAAACGUUGUCUAUCAGUGAUCGAGAGGAACCACCACACGCUGCAGAGAACGCUCUCCACCAGUAAAGUGCUCCGAACCUUCGACCUGUCGCUGCUGCAAAAGAGAGUGACUGAAAUACAGGGAUCAGCACAGGCGCUGCUGAAGGAAGUCGGGGAGUGGAGACGACAAGAGGAGGCCAACAACUGCCUGAGGAGGAGGUUUGAAGAAUCGCGACAGGAGCUGGAGAGGGUUCUGAGGAAAGCGCAGGGCUGCUUGAGCGAGACGGGAGAUGCUGAGGAAUUAUUGAAGAAGCACUCCGAGUUUUUUGGGCAACUGGACCAACGGGUGCUGAGCGUCUUCUUGAAGGCAUGCGAUGAGCUGACGGACAUCCUGCCACAGGAGGAACAACAGGGCCUGCAAGAGACAGUGCGCAGGCUGCACAAACACUGGAAGGACGUCCAGGGCGAGGUGCAGUCUCACCUGCUUCACCUGAAAGUGGAUGUUGAGCAAAGUCGCGUGGCUGGGAUCCUCCACGACUGCCGAGCAGAGCUGGCCCGGGAGAUGCGCGCCCUGUGCGGCACGUGCACCAGCGAGCGAGUCAUCAAAGAGCACAGAGCUUUUUUCAAGGAGCGUAAACCUCUGACUCUGUGUGAGAAGAGGAUUAGGAACAUGGAGGAUCUGUGUCAUAAGUUGCCUGACAACGACCCAGCUUAUGGAACGCUCGAUUCCACCAGAAGGGCUGUAGAAGAGGUUACAGAACAAAUCAAAAGCACCCAUCUGAGGUUGGAGCAGCACCCUGAUAAAUGGAAAGAGUGGAAUGAGAGGUUCUGUGAGCUUUCUGAUUGGCUUUCAUCCCAGAGGAGGCAGCUGAGGCUGCUGAGGGAGACCGCAGGAAGCCCCAGUGAUCAGGAGCAAGUGGAUGCCAGAGUUCAGGCGAUGCAAAAAGCAGUGGAUGCCCGCGAGGAGAGCUUACUGUGGCUUAAAAACCGCCUGGCUGGCUUGUCUGAGGUGAGCUCUGAGCUGGAGGUGCAGAGACAAAGAACAGCCCUGGCAAAGCUCUCAACUGACCUGCGGGCUCUUUUUUCGUCACUCUUUCAGUGGGGUGAGGAGGGCUCGCCAAUGUUCCAGUACGAGGAGCUGAGAGAUGAGAUACGUGCUGCACUGAAGGAGGUUCUGAGAGCGCGGAUGGAAACUGAGGAGCAGACUAGUGAGAUAUUGAACGCUGAGGGCCUGGAAGAGGCCAAAACCCUUUACCUUAUUCACCAGCAACACCUGAAGCGCAUGCAUGCUAGCAGGAGGGAUGCGGAGCUGCUGGUGUCCCACUGCCGCCAGCUGCAGAGAGGGGAGGAGCUCAGUCAGUCCCUCCUGGAGCUGGAGGGGGCUUUCAGGGAGGUCGACCAAGUAUCGGGGGCAAUCGAGCUACAGGCCACUCUGAGCUCCUGGCAGGAUUUUGAAGCAGAGAGGGAGACACUCUGGGAGUUUAUCAGUAAUACCAGCAAUGAGCUGCACAAAGAACUGAUUUUUAACAGCCUGGACAGUCUGAGAACCGAACUGAAACAAAAUAAGGAGCUUUUCUUCAGGGCUGAGGAGUGCUGUGUUAGAGCAGAUCUGCUCCUGGAGAAGGCAACAGACAUUCACCUUGGUCCGAAAAAUCAGACCCUCCUCCUGCAUCAGGCCCAGUCCACCAGAGAAGCAGUCACACACCUUCAAGACCAUGUCAACAAGAAUGUUGUCCAACUGGAAAGGAUGUGUGUGUUGUGGGAGCGCUUGAGCCGGGAAUUGGAGCACUUCUCCUCUUGGAUAAAUGAGACGGAGAAAGAGCUGGAAGCCAUCAGCACCAGCACCUCGUUGGACCCUUUAGACAAAAACAUCAGCAUGGUGGAGGAGGUUGCCGUGGGAUUAGAAGAGAAAAGGGAAGCUCUGGCCCACAUGGAAGCCGACUGUGAGGCCCUGUCCAGAUGUGUGACCCCCGGAGAGUCGGGGCAUAUCUGGGCACAACUUACCCAGAUCAGACACUAUUGGGAAGAGCUCAAGGAGAAAGUAGAGGAGCUGGGGGGUCACCUCACCCAGAGUGUCUCAUACAGACAGAGAUACAACGAUAACCUUGAACAGGUGAAAAAAAUAAUGAGUGAUCUUAAAGAGAGGCUUGACUUUCCCAUCACAUUCUGUACAUCGUCAUUUGAGACAUACAAGAUUCUCCAGGAUCAUAUGGAGGUGUGCCAGGCUGUGGAGCAGCUGAAGCCCAGGCUCAUAGCCCUGUCUUCAGCCCUGAGGAGGCUUGGGGAAGGCACCCAGCUGAAGGAAGAGGUGGCUAACCUCCAGAGGCAGCAGGGAGAGUUUGUGGCAGUGGCUGCAGAGAAGCAGUCUACGCUAGAAAGCCUUGUAGCACUAUGGCAAAGGUUUGAAAAGGAGAGUUCAUCCAUGAAAAACUGGCUGGACAGGUGCGAGUCCGUCUGCUGUACAGACUCUAGACUGCUUUCUGUGGACAAACUAAGGCUCAGGACUGAACUACAAACUGUACAGGCAAUGCAGGGAGAGAUACCGUCGUAUGAGGCCCUCCUCCAGGGUCUAGUGAAUCUCGGGCUGUGUCUCUAUCCCACAGCACCUGAAGCUUGUAUCCAAGAGCUCAGUGAUGAUCUUGCACAGCUACAGAACAGAUGCAUUUCUGCAAAGAGCGGCAUUAUACACAGGUUUGAGCUGUUGCAGUCCCAGUUGUCCCACUUAAAGCUGUUUGAUGAGACACUGCUGACUCUGACCCAAGGAAGUGAAAGCUUCCUGUCCAUGUUGAGAAGUUCUUCUCAGGUCAACACUGAUGAUCUUGAAGCUGGAAUUACUAAACUAAAGGAGCAUGAGGUGCAACUACAAGAGUAUUCAUCACUUGAAGAGACUCUUCGCCAAAGAGAGUCCACCAUUCUUCAUUGUUCCACCCCAGAAGCACAGCAGCAGCUCCAGGGCUGGAGAGAGGACUGUCUACAACCCUUCAGUGAAUCGCAGCGUCUCCUUCUUCUGCGUAAAGAGUGUCUUACUGCUUUAAAGACGUUCUUUGAGAAGCACAGAAUGGUAACCAAAGCUAUUCGCCGCCUCCACGAGGCUGUGGAGGGUAGGGGGAGCUGGGACUGCUCCAAAGCUGAAGAGUUGCACCAGGAAAUAGGACAAGUGGCUAAAGACGUGGCCAGGCUUGAGGCGGAGGCAGUUGGGUUGGAUGGGCAGCUGAGCAAGGCACACCUGUACCUGUGUGGGGUGGAGUGGCGGGGCCCCAGAGACCCAGGCCGCCCUCUGGGAAGAACGUCUUGCAGACGUCAGGCAGUGGCCCUCACGAUGGGCCUGGAGGAGGUACAGAGAGGCGUGGGGUGGAGGCAGAGUGAGGCCGAUGCAUUAGGGGCCCUGUGGAGCUCCUUCAGGGAGAGGAAGGAGGAGGUCAUGAAGAACAUGAAGAAACUAGAGGAGGAAGUGAACCAAGAGGGGGCCAGGGAGACCUCUGUACAAGCCUUUCAAAACAGAGUGCGUUUUUUCGUCCAGCUGGAGGAUGAGCUCCAGUCCCUGCAGCACUCCCAGCAGUGGUUAGAGGAGAAGGGAAGCCAGCUGGCCCAGCGGGACAGUGAGCUGGCCGGGGAAGCGCUCAGGGAAGUAGCACUGGUGAAGACAGCCUGGGAGAACAUCAGGACUCUGAUCACCAGUGGUCAGGAACACAGUGGAGUCGUGAUAGAGCUUCUUCGUCAGUUCCACCACCUGAAGUCGGUCCUCAGCACCGUUGUGGACAAUGCACAGGCUGUUGCUCACAACCUACCUGACCAUAACCAUGACGCAUUGGAGGCCAGGAAGACUUACACACGGCAUGAGACUGUCCAAGCUGAGCUGAGAGAGAAGCAGGAAGACAUGGACCUGCUAAUCAGUACAACCGAAGACCUGCAGCGCGAGCUGGAGAAGAUGCCCCGCUCCGACACAUGCUCCAUCCAGAAAGACAUGGAGCUGCUACGAGACCAGUGGUUGGAGGCCUCUGAGAAAAUACAAACCAACACUGAGAGGCUGGGGUACUGUGUGACACUGUGGGACGACCUGAAGUCAGCAGAACAGGACAUCAACCAAUGGACCGCCACCUCUCUUGCUGAUCUCACUGACAGCAUCACUAACCUCAGUGACAAGGAGAAGACAGAGGCCCAUCUCACCGCCUUUCAGGCUGAGGUUGACAAGAGGGAGCAGAGGCUGGAUUGUCUGCAGGAGCGAUUAGCGGAGCUGAAGGAGCGAGCCAAACUGCAGGAAACCCCGUUACAGAUGCAGGUCCUUGAGACAGACCUAAGGAAGAAGAUUGACCACGCGCAGGAGGUGUACAACCAGGCCAAACACACUCUGACCUACUUCAGUUUCCAAAAGCAGCGACUCGAGGACCUGAUGUCCCAGAUGGCCGAACGGCUGGAGGCAGUGGAGGGUUCAUUAUCUGACCUCACUGAUACCACUUCCCCUGAAGACAUUGGUACCGUCAAGAACCUGCAGAGUGUUGUGCAGAAACAGAGGGCAGAUAUGGACUCGGCACGAGACGCCCUGUCCACCCUUUGCAGGGCCCAUCCCACCCAGGAGCUGUCGCGCCUGUCCUCUGACCUUACUCUGAUUGCUAAACGAACGGAGGCUGUGGCCCUGCGUUGUGCCAGGACCAGGGGCAACCUGCAGGACGGACUGCAGCUUCACUUCCACGAACUUGUACGCGAUUUCCACACCUGGCUGGACGAUCUAAAGUUACAGCUGAAAAAAUGCUCAAACCAGUUCGGGGAUGUUGCUGCACUUGAAGCCAAGGUGCAGAGGUUAAAGAUGUUAAUGGAGUGUACGCCAAAGGGUGAGAAGCGCCUCUCUCAAGUUUGUGAGGCGGCAGAAAGGCUUCAGCUCCACUUGCCUAAAGCUGCGGUUGCUCAGGUCCAAGAGCAUCUCUCCUCGUGUCAGACAGAAUGGAGGGCAUUCGUGGACAGCUGUUCUCAGAGCCGACAUGACCUGGAUGCGUGUAUCGACCUUCUGAAAAAUUUUGAGGACAGCGUUGAGGGUGUGAGAGGCGUGCUGAAGCAGAUCGAGCUCAGCCUGAGGAGCGAGCCGGAGAUUGCAGCAGAGGGCCAGCAAGGAUCACCAGACACCACAGAAGAGCUGGAGAGGAUAGAAAACCUCCAUAAAGAACUGCUAGAAAGGAGGGAUUCUAUUGAACGUCUGCACCAGGAGGCCCAGUCGCUGUCUGAAGCAGGCCGAGGGUCAGGAGGAGAAGUCACAGUGACAGGCCAGCUCCAGAUGGAGCACCAGGCCCUCCUAAAGACAGCAAGGGAGAGGCUGCGAGGCUGCCAGGAGAGUCAGGCCUUUGGAGAGACUCUUCAGGGAGUCUGGGCCUGGCUGGAGGAAAUCCAGGAGAGGCUGGGUACAGUAGACAGCACCAUGGGGACCAAGGAGCAGUUGGAGCAGAGGCUGGAGGCUGUGCAGGACAUCCUGCUUUUGAAGGGAGAGGGAGAGGUGAAGCUGAAUAUGGCCAUGGGUAAGGCUGAGCUGGCCCUGCGCAGCCACGGAGCUACCGGACAGGAAGCGGUCCGCUCUCAGCUCCAGGAAGUAGAGGACGCGUGGGCCACGCUGCUGGUGACCGCCAUGAGCUGCCACAGCCGGCUGGAGUGGACGGUGUCGCAGUGGGGAGGGUACCUUGAGGGCGCUGCCCAGCUGCGCUGCUGGAUGGAGGCCGUGGAGCGGGACGUGUGUGCACCCCUCACUCCGCAGUCGGGGCCGAGAGAGAAGGCCUCCCAGUUGGAGAGGCUCAGAGCGCUGCUGGCCGACCUGGAGGACCACCAGGUGGCACUGUCCAGCCUGGAAGAGAAGGCCAGAGAGCUCUUCAAGAAGACGGCUGAUGCCAGCUUCAACCAUGGCGCCCGCACCCAGCUGCAGACCCAGUUUGAUGACCUCACAGCCUUGGUGGAGGAGAGAGUUCGCCUGGCUCAGGCCGUGGUUUUGGAACACCAGGAUUAUCUGGAGGCUGUGAGGGAGCUCACUGAUUGGCUGAUGACUGCAGGGGAAGAGCUGCAGCACUGGUCCGAUACAACGGGAGACUCUGCCUCCAUCAAAAAGAAGCUGUCAGAAGUGAGGGAGCGUGUAGAGUGCUGGUUGCGGGAGGGCCGAGAGCACCUCAGCCGCGUGCGGAGAACCGCGGCCGCCACGGCGGAGCACACUGCGGCGGGGGGCUGCGAGGCCAUGGACCGACAGCUGGGGGCGCUGUCCCAGGCUGUGGAGCAGUGGGAGGGCGCCGCCCUGAAGGCCAGAGACGGCCUGGAGGGGACCCUGGCCGCCGCUCAGGCCUCAGAGGAGGAAUACGAGCGUCUGACGGCUCAGCUGGAGGACGAGCUGAAGGAGCUGGACGCUCGACUGAGGGGGUGGAGCCAGGAGCUGAUUAGAGCCGAGGGGCGGAGCAACGGCGAGGAGGCGGUGGCAGGAUGGCAGCUGGCUAUGGACGUACUGGAGGGCUUGCAGAGCGCCGAGCCGAUGGCCGAGAAGCUGAAGGGCCAGCUCAACAACCUGGUGCGAUACUCCAGAGACCUGGACUCCCAGUCCGACCGGGUCACUGGACUCAUCAAGCAGCACAACAGCCUCAGCCUCCGCGCGGCCAGAGAGUGUCAGAACAAGGAGCGCCUGUUGGAGCAGAGGUUCCGCGCGGCCCUCAGGGACUUCCAGCAGUGGUUGGUCAACGCCAAGAUCAGUACGGCCAAAUGCUUCGACGUGCCGCAGAGCGUCGCAGACGCCGCCGCCGCGCUGCAGCGCAUCCAAGAGUUCCUGAGUGACAGGGAGCACGGCCAGGCCAGGCUGAGUACAGUGGGAGCCAGUGGGGAGCUGCUCAUGGCUGUGGUGUCCAAAGACCGCGUGGAGGGAAUCAAGGCCAAGGCGGCGAACGCCAGGGACGACUGGAAGAGCUUGAUGAGCAACCUGCAGAUGAGGGAGGAGGCGCUCAAGAGCUUGCAGUCUCAGAUGGCGGAGUUCGACGCCAGUGCAGAGCCUCUGCAGGACUGGCUGAACGGCGCGGAGGUCAGAGUUCAGGAGAGCACCGCUCGCCUGCACGACCUUCCAGCCAAGAGAGAGGAGCUGAGCAAACUGCAGUGUGUGCUGGAGGAAAUGGCCAGUCGGGAGCAAGAGCUGUGUCGACUGAGGGAAAGCGCUCACAGUCUGUGGGAGGGACAGGCCGCCGGCAAAGGCUUCGUCCAUCGCGUCUCCCAGCUCUCAGCGCAGUACCUAGCGCUCAGCAACCUGACCAAGGACAAGGCCUCCAGGAUUGAGCGUAUCGUGGGGGAACACCGUCUCUUCUCUCGGGGCCUGAAGGAACUCCAGGACUGGGUGUGUGAAGCUCAGAGGGUCCUCAGCACCUGCAUCUCCACCACCACUGACAAGAGCCUGCUGGAGGAGCGGAUGUUACACCUGGAAGCCCUACUAGCUGCACGCCAGGAGAGGGAGAUCCAGCUAAAAAUGCUGCUGACGCGGGGGGAGGCGGUGCAGAGGAACACCUCGGCCGAGGGCGUCCCAGUUAUUCGCAAACAGAUCCAGGACCUCAAGGACUCGUGGGACUCCCUGCUUUCUGCCUCCAUUCAGUGUAAAAGUCAAUUGGAGGGGGCACUGUCACAGUGGACCAGCUAUCAGGAGGACGUGGGUCAGUUUGUGCAGUGGAUGGAGCGUGUGGAGGAAACGCUCAGCUGCUCAGACAGACAGUACUCUGAGAUGAGAGACAAAACCGCCAACCUGGGAAAGACCAAGCUUCUCUAUGAAGAAGUGCUGAGUCACAGCAGCCCCCUGGAGACCAUUUCCACAAAGGGGUCCAGUAUGGCCGAACACUACACCACCCAGCAGGAGGUGCAACAGCUGCAGUGUCGAUACAACGCCCUCAAAGAGAAGGCCAAGAGUGCAGUCAGUAGGGCCAAGGGGCUGGUACUCGUACAUCAGGAGUAUCAGCGGGCGUUGCACGUGUUUGAGGAGUGGCUGGAGCAGGAACAGGCCAGUCUGGCGUCCCUGUCCCACCCAGAGGGAAACGUGGAGACAUUGGAGACGACACUGCAGCAACUACAGCUGCUGCAGGAACGCUGCUCGAACGGCCAGUCCCUGCUUUCCUCCGUGCUGACCAGCAGGGAGAGAGUAAUCCCCUGGGGCUUGCCUCAGAUUGAAGACCGAGCCCUGGACACCGCUCAGCGGGAGUGGGCGGCCUACCAGGAUCGCCUGGAGGAGACCCAGGCCCACCUGAGCUCCACGCUGGUGAAACUGAAGCAGACGGGCCAGCGGUUCCUGAGUCUGGCCCAGUGGCUGGACGAGAUGGAGAAGGUGGCAGCCAUCAGACGGCACCGGAAGUCAGACAGGGCCACCAAGGGGACUCAGCUGAAGAAACUUCAGGCGAACCUUGAGGCGGCGCUGGCGCGUCAAGGGGAGGUCGACGGCCUCUCGUCUCUGGCCCAGCAGGUUUUGGAGGAAACCUACAUCAGCAGCCGCAUCAGCGGCACUGCCACCCAGCUCACGGCCCGCUACCAUUCGCUGCUGCUCAGCAUGCAGGACACCAUCAAACAGCUGCAGGAGGAGCUGAAGUCUGUUGAAGAGGCUGAAAAGCUUUGUGUCUCCUUCACUGACUGGCUCAGCUCGACCCAGAAGAGCUUCGCGGUGCUAACUGACUGCUCUGAACCUCUGGACCGGGCCGCCAUGGACAAGAAGAUGAAACGACUAGAGAGUCUUCAGUCCGAGCUCCAGCACGGUCACGGAUUCCUGAAGUCCCUGAGGGAACGGGCAGAGCAGGCAGCAGGCUUCCUGGACGAGGCCGGAGCUGAGCGCCUCGGAGGGGAGGUGGAGGCCCGCCUCGCCCAGCUGGAGGAACUGGCAGGUGGGCUGAGGCAGGAGCACAGUUUUCUGGAGCGGGCCUUGUUUUUAUCUAAGGAGUUCCAGGAUCGCUACAAGGCCCAGGCCCAGUGGCUGGUGGAGACCCGGGCUUUGCUGAACACCCCAGUGGAGCUCAAGGCUGAAUUGUACCAACGUAGAGCACAGCUAUCGAAGUAUAAGGCUCUGUUACAGAUGGUUCAGUCCCACGAUGGAGCCGUUAGGUCAGUGAUGGAGAGGGGAGAUGCUCUGUUGGCUUCUGUCCACUAUCCCUCCAUCAGAGACAAGAUGAGCAGGCUACAAAGAGACUACUCUGAACUCUGUAAAACAGCCAUGGCUCACGUGGAGAAUCUGGAACGCCAGGUGAAGGAACAGGAAGCGUAUCACAGCGAACUCCAGGAAGUGGAGCGCUGGCUGCUCCAGAUGUCGAGCAGGAUGGUGACACCUGAUCCCACCGUGAGCCGCAGCCUGGAGGCAGCCACUCAGCAGCUGGCCAGGCAUAAGGCCAUCAUGGAGGAAAUAGCAGGGUUCGAGGAUCGCUUGUCGGGCUUGAAGGAGCGGGGCGACCACUUGGUCCAAGGCUGCAGCGACCGCGUGCAGAGCAGACUGCGGCAGCAGGUCCAGGCUCACCAGCAAGGCACCAGAGACAGCUACUCUGCCAUCUGCAGCACAGCGCAGAGAGUUUAUCAGAGUCUGGACCACGAGUUGCAGAGACAUGUGAGUCUCCAGGACACACUGCAGCAGUGCCAAACCUGGUUGACCUCUGUUUCAGAAGAACCAGAAACUCCAACACAUCCUCCUCUCAGCCUGGAAGAGGCGCUUCAGCAGGUGAAGCAGGAGCGGGCUCUGCAGGAACAGGCCAGCACUUACCUCCAUCUCGUGUGCUCAACGUGUGACCUGUCAGAGCCGAGGGUCAGGGAAACGGCAGCAGCCAUCCAGCAGGUUAAGCUGCAGAAUGAGGAGCGCAUGCUGCUUUGUGAAGAGGUAUCAGACAGCUGGAGGGACUUAGAGGAGCAAAAAGCAGAUUUAGAGGUCCAGCUGAGAGAGACAGAGCAGCAGCUUCAGAGCCUUGUUAGGAGGCCCGGUGAGCUGGAGCCCAAGAUUGCACAAAACCAGCUGGACAAGGCACAGGAGUUUCUCCAGCAAAUCAGAGAACGACAAUCUGAGGUCAAUCAUCUGAAUGAAGCCAUUGGUAGAGUGACAGACGGACAGGUGUGUCCGGUUCUGGAGGAGACCAGGAGGCUGAAGAGAAGCUGGACGGAGCUGGGCCAGCGGGCUGAAGAGCUGGAGGCCCAGAGAGGGGAAGACAUGCAGCGGAGUGUGGAGUAUCAGGAGAGCGUGGUUGCUGUGGAGGAGCUCUUCCACCAAGUUUCCAGGGAAUGGGACUAUCUUGCCAGGGCUGACACAGAAAGCACGAGUGAGCAUCUAGAGGCUCUGAGAAAGCUGUCCAGUGACCUGCAGGAGCAAAAAGCCACUCUAGAAGACCUCAGGGACCAGAGGCAAGCCAUCAUGCCUCGACUUAGCCUACUGGACAAAGAGCUGGUCAAGCAGCAGGUGGGCCACCUGGAGCAGCGCUGGACACAGCUCGAGUCGCUAAUUCAGCAGAAGAUCCAGGACUCUGCCCAGACGCUGGAGGAUCUAGCGCGUGUGGAAACGCAGCUGAGGGACGCCCGGGAGUGGGUGGAGGAGCAGCGGCCUGCGCUCACCUCCGCGCUGAAAUCCAGCCCGCCGCCGGACCUGGCCCAGAGCUUCCUGUUCGACCACCUGAGCGUGUGCGUCGAACUGGAGGCUCGCCAGCAGCUGCUGAGUCAGGCACUGAGAGAGGCCCAAGCGGUCGCCUCCCGUCUCGGGCUGAGCGAGAAGAGGAGCCUGCAGGAGCUCGUUGAACACGCCCAGGCUGAGGUGGAUUCUCUAGGGACCCGUGUGGCACAAAGGAGGAAGUACCUCAGUAAGGCGUUCACAGAGAGGACACAGUUUCUGCAAGGCCUGGGGAGAGCAUUGUCCUGGGUACAGCAGCAGCAGAGGAAGGCUCUGAUAGAUGAUCACAUAGGCCUUCUUCCUGAGGACCUAGCCAAACAAGUUGCUACAUGUAGAGGGGCCCAGAGCAGCUUACGGGCCUACCAGAGGGAGCUGGCAUCUCUCUGGGUACAAGGAAGGGAGCUCGAGAGAGAUGCCACCGACAAGGAGAGAGCGGAGACCUUGGCGAGACUGGAGGAGCUACAGGCCGCGUUUGAAGCUGCUCUUCAGAGGACCAGCCAGCGGGUCACCGACCUGGAGAAAGCCUUGACCUCCAGGAGGUACUUUCAGGUGGACCUGGACAAGACCUGCCACUGGUUAAGACAAGCCGAUGCCAUUACCUUCCCUGAGAUCAACUUAAGCAACAUUGACGACAACGCAGAGUUGCAAACGCAGCUGUCGAACUUCCAGAAUGUCUUGGAACAAGCCUCAGAGUACGAGAACCUCCUGCUUAUUGUUCAAAGAAUAGGCCAGGAGAUCCUCCCGACUCUGAACGAGAUCGACCAUUGCUACUUAGAUGAGAGGCUCAACGCGCUUCCUCAGCAGUACAAUGCCAUCCUAGCACUAGCCAAAGAGAAGAAAGACAGAGUCCAUCAAAUUAUCCUAGAGAGGAAAGAGUUCAGCACUUUCUUCGACAUCACUCGAAAUGCAGUAGAGGAGCUUCAGGAGCAGUUUGACAAUCUGGAAAAGCAGACUAUCAGUAUGAAAGAGGAAGAUGUUGUUCAUCUAAUAAGUGAACACAGAAGUAUUAAUGAGAGUUUAUUCCAUAUCAGUCCUGCUGUGAGAGAACUACAAGGAAAAAAUGAAGGGUUUCUAAGUAGAGGUCAACAGUACAGAGCGGAGGAGACGCGGCAAAUGGUCAGUCUCCACAACACACUGAUGAGAAGGAAUCAUGAGAAAAUGAAAUCACUAGAUGCUUCCUUGAAGACACUACGCGAACAUAACAGGGUGUUUACAAAGUUGGGCUCAGUGUUGAUGUGCGGUAAAGAGGAUCUGGUUCGACUUAAGUCCGACAAGGACGUGGACGCUUUGGAUAAAAUCGCAAGCCUUUAUUCGCUGUUGGGAAAUCUGGAUGUGGCGUCUUCUCAGACUGUGAAUUGCCACCGGCAAACAGAGGAGCUUUGUGUGACGUUUGAUUCAGCCGCCUUUCAGGAAACUACCUCACAGCUAGAAUCAUUGCGGUCUUUACAGCGUGAGGUCAAGUGUUUGAUUCAAGAAACGGAAGCCAACGUCUCGAAGACUGAAGAUUUCACAGGGGAGACGGGAAAAAUAUUGGAACACCUGGCGACGGUCAAGAAAAAACUGGAAGAGCCUUUGAGUCUUCCAGAGGCCACGGUUGAGAGCGUGAACGAGGAAGCGUGCAGGCUGAAAACCAUGGAGGAGGAAGUGAGGAGUGGUCUGAGGAGCGCAGAGGCCUUGGGCAGCGUGGAGAAGCAAAGGUUUUGUAGGAGAAAGGAAAGUAUUCCAGAACACGUGGGGAAAAAAAUACAAGAGGUGGAAGAACUUGGAGCUGAAGUCACAAAUGGAAUGUCUAAGAAACAGCUGGCUGUGGAUAACGUUCUGUCCCUGGUCCAGAGGCACCACUUAUCCUCACAAGCUCUGCAGAAAUGGCUGGACUCCGCUGUGGCUUUGCUUCAGAGGGACGGCUCUGGGGUGGAACUCGAGGACCAGACAGGAUGUUUGCACGACCUGGAAGAAAUUCUAGGCCAGGAAAAGAGCUUCGCAACAGAUUUGGACGAGCUGAGGACAGUGAAUGGACUUCUGGUGGAUUUUAUGGAACCGGGAUUGACGAGUGGCCUCAGAGACAAUGUUGAGACAAUGCGACUGAGAGGCAAUGAUGUCAAACAGCAACUAGAUGCUCACAGAGCCGUGCUGCAGAGAUGUGCGACUUUAUGGAGCUCCUUCCAACAUGAAAAGGAAACGCUGGUCGAACAGAUGAAUGACUCAGAAAACAAGAUGGCCUUGUUCACGACAGCAAAAGCCGUCAGCAUGCAGCAGGCAGAGGACAAGUGUCAGAGAUACAAGUCUCUGGUGGCCCACAUCGACCUGCUGGAGUUGCCGCUCAGCGCUUUGAAGGAAAAUGCAACCGAGUUGGAUCAGAUCGUGUCCGAGUCCAGCAAAGCCGUCACCAGCCACUCGGUGUCGUCACUAUGGCAACGGUGGACCAGGCUCCGCCGCGUGGCCCGGGCCCAGGAGAGGGCUCUGGAGGACACUGCGAGGGAGUGGAGGAAUUUCACAGAGAAAAUGGAAAAGGUGCGCUCAGUGUCCAAGGAUCUCCACGCUCGUAUCCCAGACAGUACAGUUGAGAAGGCCGCCACCAGGGCGGCGCUCCAGAGCCUGCUGGAGUACCAUGACUCCUUCACCCUGGAGGUGGAGAGGGAGCAGUCUAUCCUGGCCCUACUGGGGCAACACACCUACAGCCUCAGAGGAGAGGAGGAGGAGAAGACGGAGAACGGCCACCAGGACACAUCAUGCCUGCAAGAGAUCAGAAACCUCCAGGAGCAGUAUGACAGCCUUGUGCUGCGGGUGAGAGCUAGCAGGGCUCAGGUACAUCAGGAGCUGAGGGAGAGAGAGGAGGUUGAGAAGGAGCUGGGUCUGGUGAAGGGCUGGAUCCAGGACACUCGGGGGCUGCUGCUUAGUCCGACCGCAGACCUGGAUUCUUUGUUGCAAGAGCUGGAGACUGCACAUGGUGAGGUCAUCAGCAGGCGUCAGAGUGUGGAGCGCAUGGCAGAGCUGCAGCAGUCUAAGUACCAGGACCUCCAGGCAGGUCUGCCCUCUGAGCUCAGCAUGCAGCUGGCUGAGGUGGCGCUGGCUCUGGGCUCUGCUGAAGACCAGGUCCAGGCCAGAGAACGAGAGGUGCAGCAGACCAGGGAUGUGAAAGAAGACUUUCACUCGAGGCUCCAAGACAUUGAGGCAAAGCUCAAGACUAUUGCUGUGAAAUUAGAAGACAAAGCUGUUGACCUGGAGGAGGCCAAAGACGAGACCAAAGCUCUUUGUGAGGAAUGUGAAUCGUGUGUUCGCUCUCUGGCAGAGCUGGGAGCAUCGGUCCAGGAGUUUGGUGAGCAGAACCCGCUGCUGUGCAAGCAGCUGGGCGACGCUGUGGCCAGACUCACAGAGGUGCAACAUCACACAACGCAGCAGGUGCACAACAAGGCCAACAGACUGAAGAAGGCAGAAAGGCAGGUGCAGGAAUAUCAGGGUAUGAAGGCGUUCAUUUUGGCCUGGACAGAAAAGGCAGAAGCGCUGGUCUCCAGUAACAUCAUCUGGAGCUCUGCUUCCCAGCUGCAGGAGCAAAUCCGUGCACAUCAGGCUUUGCUGCGGGAGUGUCGUGGUCUCCAUGGUGACUUGGAGGCCAUGGGAGAGAGGGAGGUGCAGCUGGGGGAGGUGCUGCAGAUGGAGGGGUGGAGCCAGCAGGUGAAACACCUCAGCCGAUGCACAGAGGAGCUGCAGCAAUCUGCCAAGAGUCGGCUCCAGAGUCUGCAGGACGCAGCGAAGGACGUGUUGCGUUUGGAGACGGAGGUGAAGAGCCUCCAUGCUGCCGUGGACCAGAUCCAGGUCACACUCGCCUCCCCUGAUCUCAACAGACUUAGUCUCAGGGAACAGCUCACACAGAGACAGCGUCUCCUGGUGGAAAUGGAGGGCUUCAAACAGCAGGUGGUGGCUGUACAGCAGUGUCAGAGCGCCCUCCGACUGCCAGAGGAGGUAGUGGCCAGUCUGCCCAUCUGCCGCACAGCCCAGUCACUGCAGCAGGAGGCCAGCCAGCUGCAGCACACCACCAUUCAGCAAUGCAACAUCCUGCAGGAGGCUGUGGUGCAAUAUGAGCAGUACGAACAGGAGGUGAAGAAUCUUCAGAGACUGAUCGAAGAAGCCCAUCGCAUCAUUCAGGACCGGCCUGUCUCCACCAACAACAUACAGGAACUCCAGGCUCAAAUACACCACCACGAGGAGUUGGCCCAGAAGAUCCGCGGCUACCAGGAGCAGAUCGCCUCGCUCCACUCCAAGUGCAAGAUGCUGACGGUGAAGGCCAAGCACGCCACCAUGCUCCUGACCGUCAGCGAGGUGGACGGCCUGUCGGACGGCGUGGACGAGCUGAGCGACGAGGAGCUGCCCGGCGCCGCGGCGACCGCGGACGCCAAGCAGCUUCCAGCGCAUCCCUCCGUCGUCAUGAUGACAGCCGGCCGCUGCCACACUCUCCUCUCCCCCGUGACGGAGGAGUCAGGGGAGGAGGGCACCAACAGCGAGGUCUCCUCUCCCCCUGCCUGCCGCUCCCCCUCCCCAGGGGCUAACGCUGACACUCCUCUUAACCAGGGCCGAACCAAUUUAAGCCGAGCGCCCCUCCAGGAGCUGUACGACCCGUCUAUGGAAACCAGUGCUGCUAACCUGGACGACCUGCAGAGAUCCUGGGAGACACUCAAGAAUGUGAUCAGCGAAAAACAAAAGAGUCUCUACGAGGCUCUGGAGCGGCAGCAGCACUACCAGGAGACUCUGCAGUCCAUUUCCACCAAAAUGGAGUCUGCUGAAGUUGCGCUCAAUGAGGGUCUGGAGCCCAACAAGACCCCCGAGAGCCAGAUGGCUGCACACCAGGCUCUGAUGGACGAGAUCCUCAUGCUGCAGGACGAGAUCGGUGAGCUACAGACGUGCUUCUCGGAGGAACUGGCAGACAGCGACGGUGACGGUGAGGCUGGCGACCAACUGGCCCUGCAGUCCACCCUCACGGUGCUCGGAGAGAGAAUGGCCACGAUACGAAUGAAGGCUUCAGGGAAGCGGCAGCUGCUUGAAGAGAAGCUAAGUGAGCAGUUAGAGGAGCAGCGACAGGAACAGGCCCUGCAGCGUUAUCACAGCGAGGCAGAGGAGCUCGACCACUGGCUGCUCAGCACUCGCGCCACUCUGAGCUCCGCGCUCCAUCCCCAGAAUGAAGACCUGGACAUGGAGGAGCAGCUCAUCGACUGCCAGAACAUGCUGUUUGAGAUCGAGCAGAAGGUGUCGUACCUCUCGGAGCUGUCCGUGCACAGCGAAAGCCUGCUGCUGGAGGGCCGGGCUGAGACCAAGGGAGAGGCGGAGCAGCUCACCUUCAAACUGCACUCGCUCAAAGACAGCCUGCUGGAGCUGCAGCAGAUGCUGCAGGACAAGCAGGUCGACAUCAAGGGUUCACUGCAGGAGCAGGAGGACAGUGAGCCCGACUCAUCCCUGUCCCAGAGUCCUAACGUGCAGGAUUGGCUUUCCCAGGCCCGUUCCACUCGGACGCAGCAACACCACGACAACCUGCUUCGGCAGAGAGAGUUGCAGGAGCAAGUGGCUGAACAGAGGAGGCUCCUCCAGUCUGUAGCAAGUGUUGGGGAGGAGUUACUUAACCAGCAGACCACACCCAAUGGGGACAGCGAGGAGUCGGUGCCAGGAGGUGUGUUGCUGGAGCCGGAGUGUGUGUCUCCUGUGGACCAGCUGAGACAACGCUGGGAGAACUUGAACAAGGAUCAGAGCACAAAGCUGCAGCUCUCCCUUAACUCCCUGGAACACGACCAGCUGAGCCCGGUCCUCCACUGGUCCCGUCUGUCCAGUCCCAGUAUGGUGUUUAAAUCCCAGUCUGCCAGCCAGGACUCUCAGUCUCCAAGAGCUUUGUUUGAGGCCUGCUGCCAGACUCUGGAAAUAAUGGCCCAAGAGGCAGCAGGUGGUAUCAGUAAACAUUCAGGGACUUCGGGAGUCGCAGCUGUCCAGCAGGACCUGUAUGCUGCAGUUUCAGCAGCCUCCUCGUGGUUGGAUGCUGCUGAGAAUCAGCUGCUCUCUGGUCCUGUGCUGCUGUCUGAGGACACGGAGACACAACUUACAAAUUUAGAGGGUCUGAAUAAACAGCUGAAGGAGAUGAGCAGGGAGGUGAACCUGUGCAGAGACCUCCUGGGUAGAGGAGCAGGCCGGCUGUGUGGAGGAGACGAGCGAGCUCUGGUGGAGGACACCCUAGAGGGCCUGCAGGAGAGGAUGGGCCUGCUGGACUCCACACUGGACCAGCACUGUGACAGCAUACGGGACAGACUGCAGGAGCACUCAACAUUCCAGAAUGAGCUGAGGAUGUUAUCCACAGCUUUGAGUGAAAGUAAACACCAGCUGCUGCAAAAGAUGGCUGGAAGCGCAGACAGACCUGCAUCCAAGCAGAUUGAGGCUCUAUCAGAGGCAGAGGACAGUCUGAGGGAGUUUGAUCAAAGAGUGACUGAGCUGAAGACCAGAGCCGAAGGCCUCCAUUCCGACCAAGUCUCCAAUCAGGAGAUAAUCAAAUUACAGGAUGCAUAUGAGGAGCUGGUGCUCAUGGUCGGCUCCAGGCGCAGCAGCCUGAACCAAGGCUUGUCCCUCAAGUCCCAGUAUGAAGCUGCACUUCACGACCUCAAAGACUUGGUGGACACGGCUCAGGACAAGAUGGCUGCCGACCAAAAGAUGACCGUGGCUUCUGUCAUAGAGGUCCAAAUGCUGCUAGACAAACACAAAGAUUUUUUCCAGGGUCUAGAAUGUCAUAUGAUCCUUACCCACACAUUUUAUAGCAAAGUGUCUGGCCUGGUGGCACAGAGGGAAUGCCAAGCCCUGGAGGAGACCAUGGCUUUAGCCCAGAGCGUGCUCAAACAGGCCCACAGGAGGGGGGUGGAGCUGGAGGGCACCCUGGAGUCAUGGAGCAGGUUUGUGGAGGACUACCAGGCGCUGUGUCGGCAGCUUGAGGCUGUAGAGUGCAGCAUCCCCACCGUGGGUCUGGUAGAGGAGACAGAGGAGAGACUAACUGAAAGGAUUGGUCUCUACCAGCGACUGAAGGCCAGCCUGACCGAGCAUCAGCCUCAGCUCUACCAAGUCCUGGAGGAGGGAAAGAGGCUUCUUCUGUCUGUCAGCUGCUCGGACCUGGAGAACCAGCUGACCCAGCUGGGAGAACACUGGCUGUCCUCCACCACCAAGGUCAACAAAGAGCUGCAUCGCCUCGACUCAACACUCAAGCACUGGAGCAGAUACCAGAGCGAGUCAGUGGAACUCAGCCACUGGUUGCAGUCCGCUCUGGACAGGCUGGAGUUCUGGACAACCCAGUCGGUGACAGUGCCUCAGGAGCUGGAGACCGUCAGAGACCAUCUCUGUGCCUUUCUGGAGUUUUACAAGGAGGUGGAUGCUAAGUCAUCUCUGCGUUCGUCUGUGCUGAGCACAGGCAACCAGCUCCUGCGGCUGAAAAGAGUAGACACAGCUGGUCUGAGGACAGCUUUAGGCCACAUCGAUACUCAGUGGGCUGAGCUGCUCACCCGUAUUCCUGUGGUGCAAGAGAAGCUACACCAGCUGCAGAUGGAGAAGCUGGCGUCUCGGCACGCCAUCACAGAGCUGAUGAGCUGGAUCUCACUCAUGGAGAACAUCAUCGAUGAAGACCAGGACAAGAUCCUGGGAGCUGUGGGCUCAGACGUGGUGCAGAGCUUCUUGCAGAAGUAUAAGGGUUUCCGCAUCGAUCUGACCUGUAAGCAGUUGACUGUGGACUUUGUUAACCAGUCAGUGCUGCAGAUCAGCAGCCAAGAUGUGGAGGGAAAGCGCAGCGACAAGACAGACUUUGCCGAGAAGCUGGGAGCUAUGAAUAGAAGGUGGCAGAUACUGCAGGGGCUCAUUACUGAAAAGAUUCAGCUAUUGGAAGGACUAUUGGAAGGUUGGUUGGAGCAUGAGAAUGGGGUCCAGGCCCUGAAGACCUGGCUCACAUUGCAGGAGGAGAGACUGAAGAAGAGACACAGGAUAGAGGAUGUAGCGUCGGUACAAAACGCACUUAAAGACUGUCAGGAGUUGGAAGAGUUGGUGAAGGAAAAAGAAAAGGAUCUGGAGAAAGUAGAGGAGCGAGGAAAUGCUCUCAUUCAAGAUAAGAAAGGAGCGGCAUGCUCUGUGGUGAAGGAGACCCUCAAAUGCCUGAAUGAGUCCUGGGCUCAUCUGAAACACAUGAUAAGUCAAAUGAAAGUGAGCCUGCGGUCGGUGUUAGAGCAGUGGACGCUGUACCGGCGAGCGUCAGAGGAGAUCAAUGGGUACCUGAUGGAGGGGAGGUACUCUGUGUCCAGGCUGCACCUCCUCAAUGGAUCGCUGGAGGCAGUACAGCAGCAGGUGGAGAGCCUGGAGAACCUGCAGGAAGAAAUGGACAAACAGGAAAGCAGUCUGAGGAAGUUUGGCUCCGUAACACAGCAGCUCCUGACUGAGUGUCAUCUAUCUGUGGCUGAAACGCUCAACAGAGCGAUCCAGGAUGUCAACAUCAGGUGGAACUGCCUGCUGGAGCAGAUCUCAGAGCAGCUGAGGAGCAGCAGGGCCUUGCUGGGGCUGUGGCAGCACUACAGGUCGUUGCACAGCCAGUGCGUGAUGGCGGUUGUGAAGCUGGAGGAGCGCGCCGAUCACCUGCUGAAGAGCGCCACCGACAGGGAGAUCUCAGAGGAGGAGAGCGGCGCCUGGAUAAAAGACUGCGAUGAGUGCCUCAGUGACCAGGCUACGGUGCUGCAGUCCCUCCAGCAGCUGCAGGCUUUAGGGGAACAGCUGAAGUCCCAAGUGGACGCCUCCUCCUCUGCAGCUCUCCAGUCAGACCACCUGUCGCUCACGCAUCGCCUAGCAACGCUGGACCACGCCCUCCACAGGCAGCAGGACGUACUGCAGUCUGGAUCUCAGGCAUGUGAAGGCUUCAGAGCUCAGUUGGAGACACUGACGUGUAAAGCUGAGGAGGCUGAGAAGGUGCUGAAGGAGUCCGACCCGGUCAGCUCAGCUGAGCACACUGUGGUCCAGACACGGAUGGAAAAGUUAAAGGUUCACCUGCUAAAAGUGAGCAGCCUGUCUCCAGAUCUUGAACGGCUUAAUGAGCUGGUGUACAGACUUCCAGUCAGUGACCGAGAUGUUAAACGCCUGCAGAGUCUCAACAGGGCCUGGGCCACACACUCUGCUCAUCUCACUGAGAGGUUCAGUAAACUGCAGGAGGUGCUGCUUCAACAGCAGAGCUUCCUUCAGAAGUGUGAGGCCUGGAUGGACUUCCUGACUCACACUGAACAGAAGCUGGCUGCUGAGAUCUCAGGCAACUACCAGAGUUUACUGGAGCAGCAGAGAGACCACGAGUUGUUCCAGGCCGAGAUGUUUAGCAGGCAACAGAUUCUCUACUCGAUCAUCACCGAUGGCCAUAGUAUGUUGGACCAGGGACAUGUGGAUGACGGAGAUGACUUCAGCGUGAAGCUGGCGUUGCUGAGCAACCAGUGGCAGUGCGUGGUGAGACGGGCCCAGCAGCGGCGGGGCAUCAUCGACAGCCUGGCCCGCCAGUGGCAGAGCUACCAGGAGAUGUCCGAGAAGCUGCUGCGGUGGCUCCAGGAAGUGACCCGGGAUCCAGAUGUGCACCAGCCAGGAGAAGCAGUGGCCCUGCAGCAGGCCAGGAACCUGCUGGAUCAGAUCCAGACUCCCGCGCUAGUUAACCUGUACCCCAUCUUCCCUCCGCCUCUGUCUCUGUCGGUGCAGAUGAGGGAGCGCGUGCUCCACAGGCAGCAGGGAAGCUACAUCCUGACGGUGGAGGCCGGCAGGAGCCUCCUGCUGUCGGCCGACGCCGCGGCCGAAUCCACGCUGCAGACGGAGCUGAUGGAGAUGCAGGAUAAGUGGAGGCACGCGCACCACCACCUGGACCAGCAGAGGAAGGCGCUGCUCGGCUUACUCAAGAACUGGGAGCGGUGUGAGAAGGGCAUCGAUGCGUCGCUGGAGAAGCUGAGGGCCUUCAAGAGGAAGCUGUCGGUGCCGCUGCCGGAUCAUCACGAGGAGCUGCACGCCGAGCAAAUCAGAUGCAAGGAGUUAGAGAGCAGUGUGGACGGCUGGACUGAUGACCUCACUUCCUUGUUCCUGCUGAGGGACUCCUUGGAGGGCGUGGUCAGUGCCGAUGACAUCACAGUCCUACAGGAACGCCUCCAGCUGCUACAGCGCCAGUGGGAGGAAGUGUGUCACCAGCUUUCUCUGCGCAGGCAGCAGGUGAGCGAGAAGCUGAAUGAGUGGGCCGUGUUCAAUGAGAAGAACAAGGAGCUGUGUGAGUGGCUCACACAGAUGGAGAGCAAGGUCUCUCAGAAUGGGGACAUCAGCAUCGAUGAGAUGAUUGUUAAGCUGCGCAAGGACUACCAGGAAGAGAUCAGCGUCGCUCAGGAGAACAAGCAGCAGCUGCAGGUCAUGGGGGAGCGUCUGGCCAGGGCCAGCCAGGACAACAAGGCGGCCGAGAUCCAGCACAAGCUCAGCAAAGUCAGCGAGCGCUGGCAGCAUCUGCUGGACCUCAUCGCUGCCAGGGUGAAGAAGUUGAAGGAGACCCUGGUCGCCGUGCAGCAGCUGGAUAAGAACAUGAGCAGCCUGCGCUCCUGGCUGGCUCACAUCGAGACAGAGCUGUCCCGGCCCAUCGUCUACGACACCUGCGACGACCAGGAGAUCCAGAGGAAACUCAACCAGCAGCAGGAGCUGCAGAGGGACAUCGAGAAGCACAGCACCGGCGUGGCCUCGGUGUUGAACCUGUGCGAGGUGCUGCUGCACGACUGCGACGCCUGCUCCACGGAGACCGAGUGUGACUCCAUCCAGCAGGCCACCAGAGGGCUGGACCGGCGCUGGAGGAACAUCUGCGCCAUGUCCAUGGAGAGGAGGCUCAAGAUUGAGGAAACCUGGAGGCUGUGGCAGAAGUUUCUGGACGAUUACUCCCGGUUUGAGGAAUGGCUGAAGACUUCAGAAAGGACAGCAGCUCUGCCCAACUCCUCUGGAGUUCUCUAUACUGUAGCUAAGGAGGAGCUGAAGAAGUUUGAGGCCUUCCAGCGUCAGGUGCAGGAGUGUCUGACGCAGCUGGAGCUGAUCAACAAACAGUACCGCCGGCUGGCCCGGGAGAACCGCACAGACUCCUCCUGCCGCCUCAGAGAGAUGGUGCAUGAUGGGAACAGGCGAUGGGACGGCCUGCAGAAGAGGGUGGCUGCAAUCCUGCGCAGACUCAAGCACUUCAUCAGUCAGAGGGAGGAGUUUGAGACGGCCCGAGACAGCAUCCUGGUGUGGCUGACAGAGAUGGACCUGCAGCUCACCAACAUCGAGCACUUCUCUGAGUGUGACGUUCAGGCCAAGAUAAAACAGCUCAGGGCGUUCCAGCAGGAGAUCUGCCUGAACACGGGGAAGAUCGAGCUGGUGUUCAGACAGGGCGAGGCUCUGAUUGAGAAGAGCGAACCUCUGGACGCAGCCGUCAUCGAGGAGGAGCUGGAGGAGCUGCAGAGGUACUGUCAGGAGGUCUUCGGGCGAGUCGACAGAUACUACAAGAAACUCACGCGGCUUCCUCUGGCUGACGAUGAGCUGGACGGCUCGGACAGAGAGCUGGACAUGGACGACGGCGGGGACCUCUCUGAGCUGCAGUGGGCCGACUCCUCUUUGCCCCGAGCCUCCAGCCGCCAGGCCUCAGGGGCGACCCCCGCCCGAGCCGACCGCUCGGGACGCGACACCCCGGCCAGCGUGGACUCCAUCCCUCUGGAGUGGGACCACGACUACGACCUGAGCAGAGGCCUCGACAGCCCGGCGGGACAGAGACAUGUGGACAGAGGCAGAGAACAAGAGGAGGACGAGGACGAGUAUGUGAGGACGGCUGCCACCGAGCUGUCAGAUGUAGUUAUCCCAGAGAGCCCAGAGGCCUACAUUAAACUGACUGAGAACACAUUGAAAUCAUCCUCUGGCGAGCCGGGCCAGCUGGAGGCCAGUCUGAGGCAGCUGGAUCAGGCUCUGGAUGCGGGACGGUAUCACCUCCAGCAGAGAGAAGCCGCCGCCAAGCGCUCGGGCCCCGACGUGGACUCCACAUACAUGGGCUACAUGCGUUUGAUGGGAGAGUGUCGCGGCAGCAUCGAUGCAGUGAAGAGAGCGGAGGGAGAACUGACUGAAGACGAGGAUGACGUCCCAGGACUCACCAACCCGACCAGUGCAGACGCUCAGAGUGCAGGUGUGAUUGAGCGCUGGGAGCUGAUCCAGGCGCAGUCCCUUAGUGAGAAGAACAGGCACAUGCAGAACCUGCAGCAGUGGCAGCAGCUGAUCUCGGACCUGCAGACCAUGAGGGCCUGGCUGGGCCAGUCUGAGGCUGAGCUCAGCCAGCUGAGAGGACUCGCACACAGCACCGACAUACACACCCUCCAGCAGAGAAUCAAAAAGCUCAAGGAGCUGCAGAAAGGAGUGGAUGCCCACAAGUCCGAGGUGCUGUCCAUCAACCUGAGCAGCGCAGACUUCCUCCAAUCACAGCCUGACUCAGAGGAGGCGUGGGAGCUGAGGGACGGCCUGAAGGAGAUGAACCUGCGCUGGGAUCGGCUCCAUAGCUCCCUGGAGGACUGGAGGGAGGAGCUGCAGAGGGCGCUGAUGCAGUGCCAGGAGUUCCAUGAAAUGAGCCACGGCCUGCUGCUGUGGCUGGAGAACAUCGACCGCAGGAGGAACCAAGUGGUGCCCAUCGCUCCCAAAGCGGAGCGGGAAACGCUACGCGCUCAUCACCAGACGCUGACGCAAAUCAAGCGCGAGCUGCUGGACUCGCGGCAGAAGGCCUCGUCCCUGCAGGAGCUGUCGGCUCAGCUGCUCGUCAGCGCCCGAGCUGCGCCCGCGCCGCCGCAGGCGCAGGGCGGCGAGUGCCUGGAGGCGCAGGAGAAGGUGCACGUGAUCUGGAACCGGCUGCGGCUGCUCCUGAGGGAGGUCGGCGCCGACCUGGAGGCGCUGGAGAGGCGGCUGGAGGCCGCCACUACGCAGCAGCAGGAUUUCCCACCGCCGCCUGUCUCCAGAUCAGCCGCUCCCGCGUCAGAGGUGACCGCCCGACCGCGUAAACGCCUGCCCCGAGCCAAAAGUAGUCAGGCCCACGCAGGACCCCCUGAGAGCAGCCCGCGCCACAGCCGGAGCAAAUCACCAGGCGCCGCUGGCUGCGUUUCCUCCCGUUCUGACCUUCCGGCCGCCUCCUCCUCCUCCUCCUCCUCCUCCGCCUCCUCCAAGGGCCAGUCCUUCCUGCUGCGGGUCCUCAGGGCUGCGCUCCCCGUCCAGCUGCUGCUGCUGCUGCUCAUCGGCCUGGCCUGCCUGGUGCCCAUGACGGAGGAGGACUACAGCUGCCACCACGCCAACAACUUCGCCCGCUCCUUCCAUCCCAUGCUGCGCUACACCAACGGGCCUCCGCCCAUAUGAGCGGCAGCUGAGUACCGAGCUAGCGCGUUGCCAAGGACUCCACUGAAUGCCGUGAAUGUCUCCGCUUCGCCCCUUUCCCUGACGCCACCCACGCUCUCCCCGCUGGGGAACUCCAUGCAAUAUGAAGCGAUCAGAGGUGACAUGAAGAGUUUUUUUUUUAUUAACAUUGCACAUCUACUCACCUGAGUCACCUCAGCCCUUUAAAACCUGCUCUCCAGAAUGAGUGGACUUCCUCUGGAGGCCCUCCUUCCCCAAGUCUAACACUUCUCCCUGUUUGAACUUAAUUAAAGCACUAUUUAUAUACUGUAUGUUGGGAGCCAAAGUCCACCGUGCUUUUUGUCUAUGAUAUCCAGUGCUGCUACUAUUUAUUUAAUGUCCAAUCCGGUUAUAGAUUGUUAGUAUUGAUGAAGCUAAGCCACCUUGAAUGUGGGGACAUCACACCCAUAAUCUUUUUUAGAAUAGACUUUAGUCGUUUGAAGAGCAGCCGAUCAGUCACAUUGAUGAAGAGGUGUUUGUCCGCCACGCUCUGAAGGAGGAGACGACGGCCCGGCGUUAUUUGCUUGACACGCGUCAAAGAACCGGUUGAACUUUGAAAUGAAGUUUUCACAGCACUGCUGAAGGUACUACACUGAAGCCGUCCAGCCAAGAUGGCCGACUUCCUGCCCCCGAUGUCCAGCCUCCGUUCUCGUUUUUAAUUGCAGUAUUUUAAUCAACUGGGGGCAAGCGUGAAAAAAAAAACUCCUGUGAAAUAUUCGACUGAUUUGUAUAUUGUUGAAAUGCCUUUGAAUAAAGGUGGUUAUUUUUUUAUCUUUAUUUUUGAGCAUGCACUUGAGAGUCCCCCGCUUUUAAGAAAGCCAAACAAUCACUAGUAGCAUUUAGUAGAUGGCUGUAAUGAUGUAGUGCUUUGUAAUAACGGCAAAUAUUCUGUGGUGAUACAACAACUGAACCUGUAAAAGAAAAAAAGAUUAAAUAUUCAGAUUAUUUAUGUAUGUACAGUUUGCUAAUGCUGACUUCAUGAAGAAUACUCUCUUUGCAAAUAAAAGAAAAUAUUUA